AUGGUUCCAACAGGAACAUCGGUUUCGGUCUGCAACCCGGACGGUCCUGAAGCGAGCACUGGAGGCGACGCCGUGCUUGUGUCCUCGGCGCGUUGUGCUGCGGCGGGUGGCGUUGACGAUGCUGCUGGCGCAAUCGAGAUUGUGAAAGAGAAAAAGGAAGAAAAAGACAAAGUGAAAGAGAAAGAGGAAAGAAAUGAGAAAGAGAAAGUAAAGGAGAAAGAGAAAGUAAAGGAGAAAGUGAAGGAGAAAGAGGAACUGAAAGAGAAAAGAGAGAAAGAAAAAGAGAAAGGAGAGAAAGAAAAAGAGAAAGGAGAGAAAGAAAAAGAGAAAGGAGAGAAAGAAAAAGAGAAAGGAGAGAAAGAAAAAGAGAAAGGAGAGAAAGAAAAAGAGAAAGGAGAGAAAGAAAAAGAGAAAGGAGAGAAAGAGGGGGAGGAAGCGAAAACAGCUCGGCGACAGCCCGCCGGCCCCACGCUGGCUGGCAGGCUGGCCGGUAGCCAGGAGACACGCGGCGGCGGCGGCGGCGGCGGCGGCGACCCGUCUCUCUACACCGCCGCCACGACAGGCCACACCGACAACGCCGCGCUCGCCAGCUUAACACGAAAUAUUCUCCUCUCACACUGGUACACUUACCAGUAA